AUGAGGAUACUGGCUAUUAACUUAAUUCUGGCAGCGUCUGCGCUGGCCCUGGAUCAAGCGCCUCUUCAGCUGCAGGAUAGCAGCAGUGGGAAUAUCCCGGACAUCAUCCGCAACAAUGACACGCACGGGCGUCCGAACAUUGUUUUUAUCCUAGUAGAUGAUCAAGACUUGCAGAUGGACUCCUUGUCCUACACACCGCAUACGAAUCACUACAUUAGAGACCAGGGAGUCUUCUAUAAGAACCACUUCGUCACAACAGCGUUGUGUUGUCCGUCCCGCGUGAGCCUGUGGACCGGAAAACAGGCGCAUAAUACCAAUGUCACGGAGAUCUAUCCCCCAUACGGAGGAUAUCCGAAAUUCGUCUCAGAAGGCCACAACGAAAACUGGCUGCCAUUGUGGCUUCAAGACGCGGGAUACAACACCUACUACACUGGCAAGCUCUUUAACGCGCACACCGUGGAUAACUACAAUUUGCCAUUCGCCAAGGGCUUCAAUACUUCCGACUUUGUUCUGGACCCAUACACUUACCAAUAUCUCCACCCGGUCUAUCAAAGGAAUCAUGACCCGCCCAUUUCCUACUCCGGACAACACACCAUCGACGUCCUCAGGAAGAAAGCGCUCGACUUACUGGACGACGCAGUCGCAGAGAGUCACGAAAGACCCUUCUUUCUUACUAUCGCACCAAUUGCGCCGCAUUCUAACUUUGAAAUGACCAAUGCGAGUGACUACACGACGUUUCGCUUCUCGGCGCCGAUCCCGUUGGAACGGCAUAAGGAUUUGUUCCCCGAGGUCAAGGUGCCGCGGACGGAGCAUUUUAACCCUGAUCAGCCCAGCGGAGUCAACUGGAUCAGUACCCUCCCCCAGCAAAACCAGAGCAGUAUCGACUCCAACGACGAGUUCUAUCGCGCCCGUCUACGCGCGCUUCAAGGAGUCGAUGAAAUUGUCGAACAGAUUGUUCAACGUUUAGAAGAUGCAGGUGUUCUUGAUAACACGUAUAUUUUCUAUACGUCCGACAAUGGCUACCACAUCGGCCAGCACCGACUACAUCCCGGCAAGGAAUGUGGGUUUGAAGAGGAUAUUCGCGUGCCAAUGUUCAUUCGAGGACCUGGUAUCCCGAGUGGUGAGGAGGUUGGCUUUGUGACAACGCAUAUCGAUUUGGCACCUACUAUCUUUGAGAUAGCUGGGUUGGAUCUCAAGGAAGAGUUUGAUGGUACUCCCGUACCAUUGACGGCAAGGGAUGUGGAAGAGGAGAAAUUAUCGAAGGGUCGACAUGAACAUGUCAAUGUCGAAUAUUGGGGUAAAGCGGGAUUUGAAGGCGAAAUGAGCAGAGCGCCUGAUGGAGGACCUAUAGCCUUCCGGAACAAUACCUACAAGGCUCUAAGAGUCUUAGGAGAAGGGUAUAAUCUCUAUUACUCUGUAUGGUGUACCAAUGAGCAUGAACUGUAUGACCUAACGACCGAUCCCUACGAACUCAAUAAUCUCCAUCCUUCUGUUUCUGGAAACAUCGAGCAGAAAUUACUCGGCUAUCCAAUUCAAAAGGUCAUCUCCCGCUUAGAUGCCCUAUUGCUUGUUCUGAAAUCCUGUAAGGGAUUGACCUGUGUCAAACCAUGGGAGGUCCUUCACCCCGCUGGUGAUGUCCAAACUCUGAGUGAUGCUCUGGAUGACGUAUUUGAUGUGUUCUACGAUGAGCAGAUUAAGGUUGAGUAUGGAUGGUGCGAGGAGGGUUAUAUCGUGGAGGCAGAAGGACCGCAGGUUCCUGCGAUAUACCAGGGGACACGAUGGAGUGAUUGGUGGUGA